UAAACAAAAGCGCACACAAUUUUAAUUUGAUGACAAUUUGCAAUGAAAAAAAAACAAUAAGGAAUAAGAAAUGCAAAAGGAACAUGUAUUAAUGCAAGAUUAAAGUAGAGGGCAACAGGAACAAGCGAGUAAUAUAAAAGCGUAACAGCAAAGAUUGACAAGCGCAAGCGGAGCCUAAACAUGAGCACCAGAGCUAAAAAGAAACAAAAACCAAGCAUCACUGACUUUGAUUAUGAUCCGCUAGUGCUUGAUGAAAAUGUUGCUGUAAAAAACGAAGAUGUUCCAGAGUUGGUGCCAGCAUCGGAUUUGGAAGAUGAAUUCCUGGGCCUAGUUGAUAGCCAAAAGUUGGUAGAGGACCAGCAGAGUAUGCAAAGAUUAUUUCAUAUGGACAUGGGUAUGAAUGAUCAGCACAAGAUUUCCGAGCGUCUAAGCAGCUUGGAGCGCAAAGUUGAAUUUCUUUUAAAUGUUAAUACAAAGAUAUUGACACGUGUGGAUAAAAUAUGCGAGCAUUUAAGGCCACUGCCGCCACAAAAUGAAUUUCCCAUUAAAUGCAUGGAGGAGUUGGAAGAGAUUGAUGUGAAGGUGUCCAAUAAUCCAGAGCGUUAUGCACAACUAUUUCAAAGUCUGCUUAAUCCUUUGGGCAUAAGUAAACAUUUAGGACGCAUCUUUGACAAGAGUUUGUUAAUGCAAAUGAAUUAUGGCGGAUUUUGCUCAAAGACUGCGCUAAGCGACUAUGUUAACCUGAAUGCAGCGUUGUUUGCAGAAUCUCAAAAAAAGGAGGGCUAUACUUUCGAUGACUAUAAGAAGGAAGUGCGCUUGGCCUUUCAAAAAACUAAAAACCGCGUCUAUAAGGCCAAAUGUGAUGCAAAGACAAAAAUGCGUUUAAGAGAGGAAAAAAGCAUUAAUAAAAGUUUGCCCUAAAUUAAAACUAGCUUUAAACACUUAGAAUUAGUUAUAGACUUUAGAUUACGCAUAAAUUGCGGCAAUUUGUCAAGCAGUCAAUUGAGUUAGGGUUGAAUAAAGCUGUUAUAAGCAUAUUGCAACAAAUUUGCUGUCAGAGAUACUUGAAGCUUG